CUAUUACGUAUUUGUGUGCUUUCACAUUGUUUAUGAAGUCCUGACAUGCGUAUUUUUACGGCUUUAAUUAUUUUAUUGAAGUAUUCCAUAUUACCACGAUUCAGAAACGUUAUCACAUAUAUGAGCUGUGAAGACGUUCGGAGUGUAACAUAGGAAAUGUCGGACGACGAAGAUAUUCUCUAUAUUAAAAAGCAAAAGACAAUUCAUUAUGGCUCCUUGGAAGAACAAGAACGCACCCGCUUAUCCACAGUGGUUGUUAAAUCUGGAGACAGUGAUGAAGAAGGAAGUUCAUCCAAUAUGGGACAGCAGAUUGCAGAAGCCGGGAAUGUCAACAUUUCAGAUGAAUAUAUGGAACUGGAAGAAGAAAUGAAUCGUGAUCGGCAGGCUCUACUAGAAGAGUUUGAAAGGCGUAAAAGAGCCCGCCAGAUUAAUGUUUCAACCGAUGAUGAAGAAGUCAAGCGCAAUCUGCGGCAGUUAGGAGAGCCAAUUUGUCUGUUUGGUGAAGGUCCAGCUGAUAGACGGAGUCGUCUUCGAGACUUAUUAGCCAGAUUUGGAGAAGAUGCAAUUAAAAAGAAACAAGAAGAGGAAGAAGAAAGAAUGCAACAAGAAAAAGAUCAGGAAACCACAUGGUACCAUGAGGGGCCUGAAGCCCUUCGAGUGUCACGACUAUGGAUUGCAAGUUAUUCAUUACCACGUGCAAAACAACGCUUAGAGGAGGCUCGUAAAGAGCAAGACCUUCCUGAGGCUACACGCACAGCCAGAAGACAAGAAUUACAGAAGAAACUUCAAGCAGUAUCAAUAUACUGCAGUCAGAUCGGAGACACAAGACCCAUCUCAUAUUGUCAGUUCAGUCCUGACUCUAAAUUGCUUGCUACUGCUUCAUGGAGUGGAUUGUGUAAAGUGUGGACAGUGCCCAACUGUAAACUCACGUUGACUUUGAGAGGACACGAUUGCAAUGUAGGAGCUAUAGUCUUCCAUCCCCAUGCAAUGCAAGCCGAAGAAAAUUCAGUAUGUGCUCUUGCAUCGUGUGCUUCUGAUGGGUCUGUCAAACUGUGGACUAUGGAAAGUGAGGAUCCACUGGCAGAUGUAGAAGGUCAUGCUCCUCAUCGGGUAUCACGACUUGCUUUCCAUCCUUCAGGCCGAUUUUUGGGUACAUGUUGUUUUGAUGGCUCUUGGAGGUUAUGGGACUUGGAACAGCGCCAGGAAGUUCUACAUCAGGAAGGUCAUUGCAAGCCUGUCUAUUGUAUCUCCUUUCAGACAGAUGGUUCAGUAUGUGCUACAGGUGGGCUGGAUGCAUUUGGACGAGUGUGGGACCUACGUACUGGACGGUGCAUCAUGUUCAUGGAAGGUCAUCUCAAGUCACUGUAUGGGAUAGACUUCUCUCCUAAUGGCUAUCACAUAGCCACGGGAAGUGAAGAUAACACCUGCAAAAUUUGGGACCUAAGGCGACGAGCAUGCCUGUACACUAUUCCAGCACAUAUGAAUCUUCUCUCACAAGUCAAGUACCAGUAUCAAGGAGGCAAUUUUGUUGUGACAUCAUCAUAUGACAACACAGCAAAGGUGUGGUCCAAUAAAACAUGGCAGCCACUGAAAACGUUAUCUGGGCACGAUGGCAAAGUAAUGUGUGUAGACAUUUCUCCUGACUCGCAGUUCAUUGCUACAUCUUCAUAUGAUCGAACAUUCAAACUGUGGGCAACUGAAUGACAGUGGGAAUAAGCUGCCAUGUGAAAUUACAGGAUAAAAUGGUGCCAGCAGCGUGCAACAUUGGGAGAAAUACUUCAGAGAUGGGAACUAGGAUAACCAGUGGUGCCAUGUGACUUCUUGAGAAGUAUUAUCCAAAUCCCAAGGCAGAAGAAGGUCAUGAAAAUAUUGGUAAUUGAGUAUGUACAGCAUACAAGACAGCUAUUUUGAGCUAAAUAUUAAUAAAGCUAAUAAAUAACAGAAGGAAA